AACAAGCAAAUGAUAGAUCCUAAUUAAUUAGAGCGUAUGCUUUUCAUCGCCAUCGCCGAUGGCACUAAGCUUAGAGAGAAACCAUCGAACCCAUCGCCACCGAAGGUAAAAAUGCUCAAAAACCAACCAUAACCAUAAAUCCCAAUGCUCCUUCUACCCAAAUCACAAUAAGCUCCAAAUAAAACAUUUUCGAACAAUGAUACUCACUUCUCAGCACCUCUUUGCAUAUUCACCUUCUACGUAUUCACUCUGCAUCACCAGAACUAACUGCUCCCUCUCCCUAUCGAUCGCUCCCAUUACCCACUUUCGAAUUCCGAAGCUCAACUUAUUCGGGCUUCAGAAAUUACGUUCCUUUACGACCCGCGCCGCUGACCCGUUUCAUCUCGAAGCCCACGAAUCCGAAGGAACUGUGCAGAAACGCGUCGUCGUCGACUUCGAUUUCGAUUUCGAUACUCUCCUUUCGUUACUAGAGUUGUCAUGUUUGGUUUCCUCAGCGAUUGUAUCGGUUGGCCUCGCCGCAAGUGGCUCGAAGAAUGGGUUCUUGGUGGCGAUUGGUAAUAGGGUUGUUGUUGUGUGUGGGAUUUUGAUGUUGGUGGGUGGGGUUUUGGUUGGAGCGUGGGUUCGGGGGCGUCAAUGGAGGCGAAUUUGUAGGGAGAGAGUGAAGGGUGGAUUGGUAGAGAGGAUUGAGAAAUUGGAGGAUGAAUUGAAGAGCUCGGUGACAGUUAUUAGGGUUUUGUCGAGGCAGAUAGAGAAAUUGGGAACAAGGUUUCGGGUCACCCGACAGGCCUUGAAGGAUCCUAUCACUGAGAGUGCAGCUCUGGCCCAGAAGAACUCUGAGGCCACAAGAGCGCUUGCGGUGCAAUCAGAUAUUUUGGAGAAGGAGCUUGGUGAAAUUCAAAAAGUUUUACUGGCAAUGCAGGAGCAACAGCAAAAACAACUUGAUCUGAUUCUUGCAAUUGGGAAGACUGGUAAGCUAUGGGAAAGCAAACGCCGAACUAGUGAAGAACAAGAUACUUUAGAAGUGCCCUGACUCAGCUGAUGAUGAGGUCCACCAAAUCUGAAGUUUGGAUUGAGCUAAGGGAGGAAAAUCCUGAAAUUUCAAAGUUGCAAAUCUUGGUGCCGUUUUCUUCCUUUCGUGCUGUGUACACUGAAUUAUUGAUCAUCACAGGAAAUGAAAUUACUUAAAAAAGAGUUUUAUUGGGUACAUAAAUCAUGAUUGCUCGUUAAUUGUUAGAGAGAUAUAGUAAAAUCACCCAACUGCUUAAUUUUUUAGGAAAGUUGAUCGGUUGACAUUUAUUCAAAAAUUCAUCAAGUUUGUUGUGGAUAUAGGUGAGGAGAAAUUACUUGGGACAAAUUAAGAUUGGUGUCUAGUGCUCUGUUAUAGCACAGGAUAGUAUCAAUUGGUUCUUUAUGCUUGUGCAUGUACAUCUCAUUCAAGUUUGUAAUUUACAUCAUCAAAUAUCUUUCUACAAGCUUAUGUAGUGACCUGUCGUUAAUAAAAGCUUAGUU